AUGUCUGCAGGUGGGAAUGGAAGCCUUUCGAAUACCGUUGGAGCACUGAUGAUACUCAGGCGAGCCUCUGUCGAGGCCUGCCUCCAGUACGGUCUGAAACGACGUGCUCUGGGCCUGUUCCGCGAGAGUUCCACACUGGCGCUGGUGCAUCGGAUCUCGAAGACGUGUUCUGCCGCCAGCCAGACAGUCGGCCGUCUGGGUUUCUACGAGGCCGCCUUGGAGGGGCAUCCGACCGUGCAAGGCGCAAACGGACACGUCUUCGGUUGUUCGGCGGCUCCUUCUCUGGGCAUGACGGCGUCCUCCAUGUCGUCCCCACCGGCUUCGGUACCGACUAGCCCUCCUUGCCCGAUAUCCGGACCCGUUGCAUCAAUCAGCGAGAUUGGGGUCGGGCUGACCUCCUUUUUCACCUCCUCCCAGACUUCCCUGCUGCCCUCGGGGGGCACCGGCAAAAGUGGAACUUUUGGCGCCCUCUUCCCAGAGGCUUCACGGUGGGCAGCUUUUUUGGCUUAUCCUUUUUUUAUAUGUGAAUAG